CCCCAGUUGGUGACCAUGACCUCUCUAGAUGGCUAUAAAUGGAGGUGUAGCUUUGCGUUUGGGAAGUAUGAACAAAUGGCGUCCGCUCUAUUAUUGGCUCUUCUUCUAAUGGCUCAUCUCGAUUGCCCGUUUGCAAGGAGGUUGUACGGCCUAGAUGGUUUCAAUCAGAACUAUGCCAUCACUUGGGGUGCAAACCAUGUUUCUUAUCUAGACCAAGGAAGAGUGGUGCAGCUCUCCUUGGAUAGGUCUUCUGGUUCUGGAUUUGGUUCAAAGCUGGAUUAUAGAUCAGGAUUCUUUCAUUUGAAGAUAAAGCUACCUAACAAGGAUUCUGCUGGAGUUGUGGCAACCUUCUAUCUAUCUUCUCGUACAAAUGCCCGCCAUGACGAGCUAGACUACGAGUUCUUAGGAAACAGAGAAGGAAAACCGAUCACGCUUCAAACCAACAUCUUUGCUAAUGGACAUGGAAAUAGAGAGCAAAGGAUACACCUCUGGUUUGACCCCACUGCGGAUUUCCAUGAUUACAAAAUAUUGUGGAACGCUUAUCAAAUUGUGUUUUUUGUAGAUGACACCCCCAUCCGGGUUUAUAAAAAUCUAGCUUCCAUAGGAGUGGAAUAUCCUUCACAGCCAAUGCAGAUACUAGCAAGUAUAUGGGAUGGUGAUAGUUGGGCCACAGAUGGGGGACGGACCAAGAUUAAUUGGACCCAUUCUCCUUUCUAUGCGCAGUUUCAAGGCUUCAACAUCGACGGGUGCAGCUCAGAUAGCAUCACCUGCUCGUCACCAAAUCUAUGGUGGAAUGCUGGGAGUUAUAGAGAAUUAAAUCCUGCUCAAAAGGCAGCAUAUCAACAUGUGAAGGAGAAAUACAUGACGUAUGAUUACUGUUACGAUAAAACAAGGUACCCUACGCCACCACCUGAAUGCUACCAAUAAAGUUUUAAGUGAUGCAAAGAGGUUGUCAUAUAAUUAUUCCAUGAUAAUAAUAUGGGAAUAAGAAUUCGCGUCUAUUCCAAAGCAUUAUGUAACUAGCUGUAAUCUCCUGGUACACGUUAUUACAUAUCAAUUAUGUG